AUGGAGCGCAUUAGGAAGAGGAGACAGGAGGAUGAUGAUGAUAUGAUGAUGUUAUUCCUUCCUGCAUUACAUUUACUGCAUUCUAGUUCUCUUAAAGGGAGGAGAGUUAAGAAACGACGACACACAUCCAAGCUAAGUGGCGAGGAGCAUGUUUUAGAGUUGCUUGAAGGGCAUGUCAAGAACUGCCGAGUAGCAUUCAGAAUGGAACCUGGAAUUUUUAGAGCCCUAGCCAGCUAUCUUAGGAAGGAAAGGUUGGUACGUGACACAAGGAUAAAAGUUGAGGAGAAGCUCGGCUUCUUUCUAUACAUGAUAAGCCAUAACGCUUCAUUUGAGGAUCUGCAAGAAGAGUUCGGGCAUAGUAGUGACACAUUCCACCAUCAUAUAAAACAUUUUUUUGACAUAGUUGUCCCUUCCCUCGCCAAACGAUUUUUGAAGCCUCCUUCUCCAAUUCAAGUACAUUCAAAAAUUGAAAGGAAUCCUAGGUUCUAUCCUUACUUCAAGAACUGCAUCGGUGCAAUUGAUGGGACUCAUGUACCCAUUACAAUUUCACCUGACAAAGCUGCUCCUUUUAGAAACAGGAAGGGGACUCUCAGCCAAAACGUGAUGGUAGCUUGUGAUUUUGACCUAAAUAUCACUUUCAUGUCUACUGGGUGGGAGGGAUCCGCUACAGAUGCUAGAGUUCUUCGAUCUGCAAUGAAUAAUGGAUUCUAUGUACCUCCAGGAAAGUUCUAUUUGGUUGAUGGUGGGUAUGCUAACACCACGUCAUUCCUUGCGCCUUAUCGUGGAGUUAGAUACCAUCUAAAGGAGUAUGGGCAAGGUCACCGUAGACCUCAGAACUACAAGGAGUUAUUUAACCAUCGCCAUGCCAUACUGAGGAAUCAUGUUGAAAGGACUUUGGGGGUUGUGAAGAAGCGCUUUCCCAUUCUAAAAGCUGCCACAUUUCACAAAAUAAGGAAUCAAGUGAAAAUACCAGUAGCAGCUGCUGUACUUCACAAUAUUAUUCGGUCACUCAAAGGGGAUGAGGAAUGGUUAGAUAAUCAACCAGAUAAUAUCUCGCCACAAAACUUUGUUGAUCUACCGGAUGACGAUCAAGGCAACGAUCAAGUAAAUGUCCAAGGAAAUAAUCUUAGAGAUGCAAUAGCACAAGAAAUGUGGAAUGAUUACCAAGUGCAUAGAAAUUAGUUUGGAAUAUUAGCCCUCAUGUAUUCUGGCACAUCUAUUAGCCCUCAUGUAUUCUGGUUUAGUUUGGAAUAGACCAUAUGUUGCUCUAUUUGGUACAUUUUAUUUACUGUCACAUUGUUACCUCUCUUAAUAUUUGGUUUAAUCCAUUUCAGCUAACUAUUUUCAGCUAACUAUUUUCAGCUA